UCUUCUUUUAGUCAAAAUAAAUACAGAAACCAUCAUGGAUAUGAGAGAGAAGUUGAAAAGGAAGGGAGAUCCACCCUCUCACAUUUUUUUUCUUUCUCUUUCUAUCUCUAAAACAUUCCUUUCUUUUCACUGAUCUUUGAAUCUGGUAAGACUCAACUUCAACUGUUUCUGUUCAACUUUGAUCUUCCUCCAUAUCACAGUGCCAAAGGGAGAAAGAAAAUUUAAAAAAGACCCACCUUAAGGGGAAAAGAAGGAACAGUGGUUUUGUUCUCUUUGACUGCACCACAAAUUGUGGGGUGUCUCCAAAUCAUUGCUAUCUCACUUUUGUCUGCCAAAGUUAGGGUCUUUAGAAUUAGCGUUUGCUUGCACAGUCUAGCUUUUCGAGAUUUAUGAUUAGGGUUUUGGAGGGGUGAAUGGUUGUGGUGAGUGUUUGGAUGACGAGACAGUGAGAAAAAAUGUGGCUGGUGGUAGUGAGGGGAGUAAAUGAGAAAUUUUGAGAGAUGGGGUGUGCGUUUGGGAAAGAGUCUUUGAGGGAGGAAAGGAGAGGGGAAGUGAGAGAGGCAAAAGCUGAGGUGAGUAGAGCAGAGGUUGUUGAGAAUGAGAACAUUGAGAAGGAGAAGGAGAAGGAGGGUGAAAGAGAGGAGAAGAGGACAAGGGCAAGGGGAGAGAGGAGGCGAUCUUCGAAGCCGAAGCCGAAUCCGAGGUUGAGCAACCCACCUAACCAUGUUCAUGGUGAGCAGGUUGCAGCAGGGUGGCCCUCUUGGCUCUCUAAGGUUGCCGGUGAAGCCAUCAACGGAUUGACGCCCCGGAGAGCUGACACCUUUGAGAAGCUUGAUAAGAUCGGGCAAGGUACAUACAGCAAUGUUUACAAAGCUAGGGAUUCUUUGACGGGAAAAAUUGUUGCUCUAAAGAAGGUCCGUUUUGACAAUUUGGAGCCUGAAAGUGUGAAGUUCAUGGCUAGAGAGAUUUUGAUUCUCCGUCGUCUAGAUCAUCCCAAUGUCAUCAAACUUGAAGGCUUAGUGACUUCUAGAAUGUCGUGCAGUUUAUAUCUUGUAUUUGAAUACAUGGUGCAUGAUCUGGCUGGACUUGCCACAAACCCGGCAAUUAAGUUCACAGAAUCUCAGGUAAAAUGUUACAUGCAUCAGCUAUUUUCUGGACUGGAGCACUGUCACAACCGUCAUGUGCUGCAUCGUGAUAUAAAGGGGUCAAACCUUCUUAUUGAUAAUGAUGGAAAUCUUAGGAUUGCUGAUUUUGGAUUAGCUUCCUUCUUUGAUCCUAAUCACAAGCACCCUAUGACUAGUAGAGUGGUUACAUUAUGGUAUCGACCUCCAGAACUUCUUCUUGGGGCCACUGAAUAUAGUGUAGGAGUGGACCUCUGGAGUGCUGGCUGCAUUCUUGCUGAAUUAUUGGCUGGAAAGCCUAUUAUGCCUGGUCGAACGGAGGUGGAACAACUACACAAGAUAUUUAAGCUAUGUGGUUCUCCUUCUGACGAAUAUUGGAAGAAAUCAAAGUUGCCACAUGCUACCAUUUUUAAGCCCCAGCAGUCAUACAAGCGGUGUAUUGCAGAGACAUUUAAAGAUUUUCCUCCAUCAUCCCUGCCACUUAUUGACACCCUUCUCUCAAUUGAUCCAGAUGAACGUUUGACUGCCACUGCUGCGUUGCAUAGUGAAUUCUUUACAACAAAACCAUAUGCCUGUGACCCCUCUAGCCUCCCAAAAUAUCCUCCCAGCAAGGAGAUGGAUGCAAAGCUACGGGAUGAAGAAGCUAGAAGAUUGAGAGCAGCUGGUAAAGCUAAUGCUGACGGUGUCAAGAAAUCUCGUCCACGUGAGCGAGCUGGGCGGGGAGUUCCAGUUCCAGAGGCCAAUGCUGAACUACAAGCAAAUAUUGAUAGACGGCGGCUGAUCACACAUGCAAAUGCUAAGAGCAAGAGUGAGAAGUUUCCUCCUCCUCACCAAGAUGGAGCUCUAGGCUAUCCACUGGGUUCUUCACAUCACAUGGAUCCAGUUUUUGAUCCUCCUGAUGUUCCAUUUAGUUCCACAAACUUCUCACAACCUAAAGCAAAUAUUCAAACCUGGUCAGGCCCAUUGGUAGAUCCUUCUAGUGGGGGCGCACCAAGGAGAAAGAAGAAACAUGGAAAAUGAUGCCAUCAUAUACCAUCAAAUUCAUCAAAGCUGGACUUAAGAAAAACCAAGAAUGCUUUAAGGGUCAAACAAUAUUCUUGUUGUAUAACACCAAUCAUUUUUUACAAGUAUUCAUGAUGAAGCUGCAAAUCUUGCUGACAUGAUGUCUGCUCUCCAGUUGCUAAAAGCCAAUGGCAUUGGAGGUAAACCAAAUUGUAUUUUCCUGCUCCCUUUUCUUUCUCAAAUGAUCAGAGGUUUAUUCUCUUUCUUGUAUAUCGUAUUUUUUGUUUCUUAUCAAAGUUCAAUUAGGUUAGAUGAACACCUAAUAAAUAGGUUUUGGAACAGUGUUGGCGGUUUAUAUUUCUUCUAAUUUUUUUUUCAUUUAUUUUCUACUUUCCAGAAGCCUGUGAACUGUGCAGUACUUAUACACAACGUUCUUUAUGAUUUUUGGUUUCUUUA